AUUUAGAACUCGAAUUAACAACACUUAGAUCUUAAAAUUGGAAAGUUUUUCGAGGUUAGGGUUUCACCGUGAGAGUGACGGAAACAGUGUAAUAUGGGAGAGCGAAAGCGAAUCCCUCUGGGGAUUUUUGUGGUGUUCCUCUUCAUUUCUAGCUCUUAUGCUUCCGACGAUGCCGAUGACGCGAUCUUCUACGAGUCAUUUGACGAUACUUUUGAAGGCCGUUGGGUUGUGUCCCAGAAGGAUGAAUACAACGGUGUCUGGAAGCAUGCCAAGAGUGAGGGGCAUGAUGAUUAUGGGCUUCUUGUCAGUGAGAAAGCAAGGAAAUAUGCUAUAGUAAAGGAACUUGAUGAGUCUGUGAGUCUUAAGGAUGAAACGGUUGUUCUUCAGUUUGAGACUCGCCUUCAGGAUGGCCUUGAAUGUGGUGGUGCAUAUAUAAAAUAUCUUCGACCACAGGAGGCUGGAUGGAAACCCAAGGAAUUUGACAACGAUUCUCCAUAUUCUAUCAUGUUUGGUCCUGACAAGUGCGGGGCCACAAACAAGGUGCACUUCAUUUUCAAGCAUAAGAAUCCCAAGAGUGGGAAGUAUGUUGAACACCAUCUGAAGACUCCCCCAUCUGUCCCGUCUGACAAACUAUCUCACGUGUACACUGCUAUUUUGAAGCCUGACAAUGAGUUGCAAAUAUUGAUUGAUGGGGAACAGAAGAAAAAGGCAAAUUUCUUAUCUUCUGAGGAUUUCGAGCCUCCUCUUAUCCCUCCCAAGACAAUUCCAGAUCCCGAUGAUAAGAAACCUGAGGACUGGGAUGAGAGAGCGAAAAUUCCAGACCCCACUGCAGUAAAGCCAGAUGACUGGGACGAGGAUGCACCCCUGGAAAUUGUUGAUGAAGAAGCUGAGAAACCUGAAGGAUGGUUAGAUGAUGAGCCUGAGGAGAUAGAUGAUCCAGAUGCAACCAAACCAGAGGAUUGGGAUGAUGAGGAGGAUGGCGAAUGGGAAGCCCCAAAGAUUGAUAACCCGAAGUGUGAAUCAGCUCCUGGUUGUGGUGAGUGGAAGAAGCCAAUGAAGAAGAAUCCAGCUUAUAAGGGGAAAUGGCAUGCCCCCCUUAUUGAAAACCCCGAUUAUAAGGGUAUAUGGAAGCCUCAGGAUAUUCCAAAUCCUGACUACUUUGAACUUGAAAAACCUGAUUUUGAGCCUAUCGCUGCUAUUGGUAUUGAGAUUUGGACAAUGCAAGAUGGCAUAUUGUUUGACAAUAUUUUGAUAGCUAAAGAUGAUAAGGUUGCAGCGUCCUAUCGGGAGACUACAUGGAAGCCCAAGUUUACCAUUGAGAAGGAGAAACAGAAGGAAGAAGAUUUGGACACUGGAUCAAGUGGUCUUGCAGGCCUCCAGAAGAAGGUAUUUGACCUGUUAUACAAGGUCGCGGACAUUCCCUUCCUGAGUGACUACAAGCUUAAAAUAAAUGAUCUCAUUGAAAAGGGUGAAAAGCAACCAAAUCUCACCAUUGGAGUCCUUGUAGCCGUUGUGGUUAUCUUCUUGACAUUUUUCUUCAGGAUCAUAUUUGGUGGGAAGAAGAAGCCGGUGAGUAUUCAUGCAAGGGUGGAGAAGACAAACACAGAACCGAAAGAAACUUCCACUAACCAAGGCGAAGAGAAGGAAGAAAACAAAGAGAAGGAGGAAUCAUCUUCCGCUCCACGUCGGAGGGUAAAACGAGACACUUGAAAUUGAUUGAAGAUUGACAGGGGCGGCCGAUUAAGAUCAACACCACAUAUAAAUUUUGAGCUUUAGUUGACAUUAGGUCAAUUUCCAUAGCACUUUGUUUUCAUUUUUCUCCUUCACCUUUUGAAAGAUGAUAUGCAUAAGGAGUGUAAAUCAGAUAUUCCGUGUCGUGCUGGUCAAUUUGGAGACUUGAGUAUUUUAAGCUAAUUGAGGUUGUACAAUUAUUUUUCUAAUAAAGUAGCACAGGAGUCAAUUCACCAAGCAACAUACCCAUGCUUAAAUUUGAACCCCGAUUUAAGUAUAUGCGUCAAUCGAUAUAAUGAAAUUAAAUGAAUAGGUGGCCGUCCUCAUUUGAUCUUUAGUGCAUGAAACUUUAGUGCUAUGUAUGAUGUAAAUCAUAGGUUUACGCUAUGUAUGAAUCUUUAGUGCAGUUGGUGCAUCCUUCGCCC